AUGGCGGCAGUUAGUCUUGAUGGAUCUGCGAGACAAGAUCGUCUAGUAACGGUUCGAUUUGCAGUGGAGCAGAUGGAAGAUUUGCCCUUGAACGUGAGCAACUUGAAUCUAGACGUGGUUACGGUGCCGUGGCUAAGGCGUAUGUGCAGACAGCUGCGGGGCAGCUGGACGGAUAAUAAACGGCUCCGCUUCCUCAGGAAUGGACAUGUAUUGACGUCGAGCUCAGACCUGCAGCUGAAGCGAUACUUCGAAGACUCCGGCGAAACGGUGUUCUACGUGCAGUGUAUAGUCGGGCGAGACUUGACGGCACAGGAGGCUGCGAACGAAGACUUGUUGGACGAAGCACAGCCCAAUGUAGAAGGUACGACAACACAAGCGAUUGGGUUCGAUAGGUUGCGGUCAGUUGGAUUCAGCGACGAGGAAAUUGAACUUCUGCGACAACGGUUCCAAAGCACGUACGGAGACCUGGAAAGUCUGGCACAGAACACUGACGGCCAGCGCGACAUCCGACAGCUCGAGGAGCAGUGGAUGGAGACUGGUGCCAACGACGACACGGCGCAGAUGGGCAUGAUAGGAAUCGCGAAUUACAAGCACAAUGUGGACCUGUUGGUGGGGCUGGUGGUAGGGUUCGCCCUGGGGGUUUUCAGCUUUCUGCUGAUGACGCAGGAGGGGCUGUUCAACAAGCGGCAGCGAAUGGCCAUCGUGGGCGGGCUUUUGAUAAAUCUGUGCUUUGGGAUAACACUAGGGUUUUCCAGGGUUUAG